GCAAUUCAAAUGAACGGAGAAUAAUUUAAUCCAAAAUGUUUUAUAUAAUCACAAGAUCUACUACAGAAGACUCACCCGUCAAAAAUAUAUCCUAGUGUACAUAUUAAUGCAUUCGUAUAAUUCAAUAUAAUUUGCUACACAUUUCGCGGAGUACCAUGUUUCGGAUUAGCCUCACAUCAAAUUGAAGUAAACUUGUUGGUUAGAUUUCUGGUGACAGCCAGUGUGGGUGACGCAUCUAAUAGUAAUUGAUAUGUUAUAAAUCACCCAAAGAAAAACAUUUAAAUUAAAAUGCUGUUAAUUUAUUUAUAAAUUAUUCUAUUAUAUUGGUUAGAAAUGACUCAGAAGGAAGAUACGCAAGAUUACGUACCCGAAAUAUCUUUUAAUGAAAAUGAUAAAAAAGAAACAACGAAAAAUGUCUUAAUUAUAGAAGAAAAAAAUACAAGUUUGAGAGAAGAGCUAUUAAAUUAUGUAGCUAACAGUAAAGCAAUUUUUAAGAGUCAACAGAAGGAUGAUCCAGACCUAAGUUUUGAAGAAAAAUUAACUAUUGCGAGUAAUGUAUUGAGAAAAAGCAAUUGUUUAUUUUUAUCUAAAUUUGGACAUUAUAUGAAGGAAGAACAUCUAAAAUAUUUUGAAAAAAGUAAAGAUCAAGACUACGAGGUUGCUUAUCAUGUUAAUAGACUACAUAGAUAUUUCAAUAACUCGACAAGACAUACCGAUGUAAGGAACAGAAGAUAUCAAGCUUUAAAGAGUUUAAUAAAACAAGGUGAAUAUUUCAGUGAGUCUGAGAUGAUGAAACGAAAUCCAUUAUUAUAUGAACAUUUAAUUGGACAAUAUAUGACUGAAAAACAGAAACAAAAGAGAGAUAAUAUAGAUACAAAGAAUAUUACUUUUGUAAAUCUUUUAAUGGAAAACAUUGAAAGAGAUGCACUAAAAGAAAAACAAAAAUUACAAGAAGAGGAAGAACAAAAUAUAAUAGAGGAAACUGAUUCAGAAGAAGAAGAGGAUGAAACUUUUAUUCCAAAACAUUUAAGUAACAGUGAAAUAGAAAUUUCAAGUUGGGGUAGAAUACCUGUAUUAAAGGAUCAAAUAGACCAUCAAAAUAAAGCAAAGUCAUUAUGCAAAAGAUCUUAUAAUAUCUCAAAAACAGAGAAACAAAUACUCAAACAAGAAUUUGUAACUAAUAUGUAUCAAUGUUUUUUGGAUGGAAAAGAUUCAGACUUUGAUUACAGUGCUAUAGAUGAGAAUGAAGCAUAUGAUAAUAUAGAUUUGAGAACACAAGACGAAGAAGAAAAGUAUUUCGAUUCAGAAUCACCUGAAACUAUAGGUCCAACCGAAAAUACAAAUGAAGUUGAAUCUGAAGAUGAAUUGGACAUAUAUAUGAAAUCACUGAAGCCAAUGACACCUGCUAUAACUGGAGUGCAAGAGCAAGAGAAAUUACUUGAAGAAGCGAUUGGCGUGGUCAAUGUACAAGCUUUUCAGAUGAAACAUUGCUUGGAUAAGUCCAAAUUGAUGGAUGCAUUAAAACAUGCAUCCACAAUGUUGGGGGAACUCAGAACGUCACUUUUGAGUCCAAAGAGUUAUUACGAACUAUAUAUGGCAAUUACAGAUGAAUUAAGACAUUUAGAACUUUAUUUGUUAGAUGAAUUUCAGAAAGGAAGAAAGGUCACAGAUUUAUAUGAAUUGGUACAAUAUGUUGGCAAUAUUGUGCCUAGAUUGUAUUUGCUUAUCACUGUUGGUUUAGUAUAUAUCAAAACCACACCUGGAUUAAAAAGAGAUUUAUUAAGAGAUUUGGUAGAAAUGUGUAGAGGUGUUCAACAUCCUUUAAGGGGUCUCUUUUUAAGGAAUUAUUUAUUACAAUGUACUCGUAAUAUUUUACCGGAUGUUGCAGAAGGAGAUGACGAGGAUGGAAAUGUUCGUGAUAGUAUAGAUCUUGUCUUGAUGAAUUUCGCAGAAAUGAAUAAAUUAUGGGUACGCAUGCAACAUCAAGGUCAUAGUAGAGAUAGAGAAAGAAGGGAGCGAGAAAGAGAAGAACUUCGAAUUUUAGUUGGAACUAACCUUGUACGACUUAGUCAGUUAGAAUCGGUAACUUUAGAUAAAUAUAAAAAGCUUGUUUUACCAGGAAUAUUGGAACAAGUAGUAAGUUGUAGAGAUGCAAUUGCUCAAGAAUAUCUCAUGGAAUGUAUAAUUCAAGUAUUUCCCGAUGAGUUUCACUUACAAACAUUAAAUGCUUUUUUGAAACCUUGUGCUGAACUGCAAAGUGGUGUAAACGUAAAAAAUAUAAUUAUUUCGUUGAUAGAUCUUCUUGCAGCAUUUAGUCAAAGAUCUGAUGGUGUGGGAGGACCAGGAAGUCCCAAUCAACCACCUGGUAUUCCACAAGAUGUAAAGCUCUUUGAUGUUUUUAGUGAUCAAAUUGCCACUAUUAUACAGACUAGGCAAGACAUGCCUCCAGAAGAUGUAGUUUCUCUUCAAGUUGCUCUUAUCAACUUGGCACACAAGUGUUAUCCUGAUAGAGUAGACUAUGUGGAUAAAGUUUUAUUAACAACUGUUCAAAUAUUCCAGAAACAGAAUGUAGAUAAGCUUGAGUAUAAUAGUGCUGUCUCAAGGGAAUUAGUAAGACUAAUGAAGAUUUCAAUAGAUAACUAUAAGAAUAUACUAACAGUCUUGAAACUUGAACAUUUUGCUCCAUUGUUAGAUUAUUUUGACUAUGAGGGUAGAAAAUUGUUGGGUAUUUAUAUAAUAACAAAUAUUUUGGAAAAUGAGACAUUAAUACCAACCCAAGAACAAGUAGAUGCGGUGCUUUCUAUGGUAUCUCCAUUGGUGCAAGAUCAACCAGAUCAACCUAAUAUAGAGGAAGAUCCUGAAGACUUUGCAGAAGAACAAGGUCUUCUUGGCGGAUUGAUACACCAUUUUAAAUCUGAGAUAGCUGAUCAACAGUAUAUGAUAUUAAGUGCUGCCAGGAAACAUUUUAGUGUUGGUGGAAAUAAGAGAAUAAAAUAUACUCUACCACCAAUUGUAUUUCAGGCUUAUCAAUUAGCAUUUACAUAUAAGGCAUUAAAAGAUCAAGAUGAAAUGUGGCAAAAGAAAUGUCAAAAAAUUUUUCAAUUUUGUCAUACAACUAUUACUGCAUUAAUGAAAGCAGAAUUGGCCGAAUUACCAUUAAGGUUGUUUCUUCAGGGUGCAAUAGCUAUAGGAGAAAUUCGGUUUGAUAAUUUUGAAAUGGUCGCUUAUGAAUUUAUGAGCCAAGCUUUUUCUAUAUAUGAAGAUGAAAUAAGUGAUUCUAAAGCUCAGCUGGCAGCGAUUACUUUAAUCAUUGCUACUUUCGAACAAAUGAGUUGUUUCAGUAAAGAAAAUGCGGAACCAGUGCGCAAUCAAUGCGCUUUAUAUGCUAGUAAGUUACUAAGAAAACCAGAUCAAUGUAGGGGCGUUGCCACCUGUUCUCAUAUAUUCUGGUCUGGAAAAUCAUUGGCAACAGGAGGGAAAGAAAUGCAAGAUGGAAAUAAAGUUCUAGAUUGUUUAAAGAAAGGUAUUAGAAUAGCAAGUCAGUGCAUGGAUAUAUCAGUUCAAGUGCAGCUUUACGUUGAAUUAUUAAAUCAUUAUAUUUACUUCUAUGAAAAAGGAAACACUGUGGUAACUGUCCAAAUUUUAAAUCAAGUAAUUGCAAAAAUUAGAGAAGAACUCCCUAAUUUGGAAGUCAGCGAAGAAACGGAACAAAUUCAAAAACAUUUAGCUAAUACAUUAGAACAUUUAAGAAACAGGAUGGAAUCUCCAGAAGUAGAUGGACUUUCAUAUCAAGGUCUUGUUCUCUAAUGCAGUAGUUACGAAUUACAAUUUUGUAUAUAAAAGACAUUUUCCGACUAUUUUACAAAAUGAUUAUAAAUUCUAAAAGUAAACGCUUAUUAGGUAUAAAUUACUAUCACAUGAAUCGCAUCGAUUUACCUGCAGCAAUGAAAUUGUUAAUAUUACAUCAAAUAUCAUUUGUUAACAGUUAGAUCAAAACAUUAUCUGUACAUUUGUUUAAA